CUCACCCUCAGAGGGCAAUGACCAUAAACACGGAGUAAGGCUCAGAGUAGCUCUGCAAUGUGUCACUGCCCAGAGACCAUAUUCCAGCAUGAAUUUCAAGCUGUGGCUGCUGCUUCUCUUUCUCUGUGCUGUCAUUGUUCCUGCACAGUUAAAGAACAAACAUGAUGAACAUGGCAGACAUGGGAAACAUGAUAAACAACAUGGGAGGCAUGGUGAACUUGGACAUGGGAGGCAUGGUGAACAAGGACAUGGGAGGCAUGGUAAACAUGGAAAGAAAGACAGAGGAAGAGUGAAGGAUCUGAUUGCGGAAUAUGAUAUGUCAGAUGACUCAUCAGAUAAUGAUGAUGCAAACGAUUGGCUGUUUGAACUUCAAGAUGUCAAAGGAAAAUGCACCCCAAAUCCAUGCAAGAAUGGAGGCGUUUGUGAGGAAAAGAGAGACAAAUUUAAAUGCAAAUGCCCCAAGCAGUUCAGAGGCAGAAGAUGCGAGAGAGGAAAAAGGGUUUGUAUGAGGGGAACCUGUGGGAAAGGACUGUGUCUUCUGACCCAAAAUCCUCCCUACUAUACAUGCAAGUGUAUUCCACCAUUCAUGCCACCAAACUGCAAAAAAGCUUCUCCAUGUACUCCAAACCCCUGUGAGAAUAAUGGCAAAUGUGUUAAGGAAGAGGAUGAUUUUGACUGUGUCUGCGAAAAUGGUUUCAUUGGAAAAUACUGUCAAGUUGACCCAAAUGACUGCUACGAAGGGGAUGGAGAGUCAUACAGAGGGAAGGUGUCAGAGACAGAAGAAGGAGAUGAGUGUCUUGACUGGAACUCUGAAUUUGUUCUGGAUAAAGGAUCCUUUCCUUUUGAUGCAUUUGUAUCUACAACAGGCCUGGGACCCCAUAACUACUGCAGAAACCCAGAUGGAGAUAAGAAGCCAUGGUGCUUUAUAAAGAGGAACAAGAAACUCAGAUGGGACUAUUGUGAUGUCAGAAAAUGUCCCACGCCUGCAACAACUACUGCAAAAAUGGUCACCACCACAGCUAAACCAAAACCCUCUACAGCUGUAACUCCUCCCCAAACAACCUCACCACCUGAGACAGAAAUGGUCCCCACCAAGUCUAAGGCCUUCACAACCCCAGAGAGCAUCACUUCAAUCACAGCAAUCACUUCUCCUUCUCUACUAAUCACAUCACAUCACAAAACCGCUUCAUUUACCAGGAGUUUUGCUACAUGUGGUAAACCUCAGCCAAAGAAAAAACCAAACAGGAUUUAUGGCGGUCUUAAAUCUAUUCCUGGUGCCCAUCCAUGGCAAGUGUCAGUGCAGGUCAAACUUAAAGGGACCACCCAGGAAUAUAAACAUAUCUGUGGAGGCACCCUUAUCAAAUCUUGUUGGGUGCUGACUGCAGCCCACUGCAUUGGUAGAAACCAAGAUUACCGUGUUGUGUUGGGAGGAGUAAAUCUGGGGGAAAAUGAGCCAGCAGACCAGACUCUGCAAGUGGAGAGCUUCAUCGUCCACGAGAAGUUUUUGGAAACCCCAAACGUUGUCUACAAUGAUAUUGCUCUGUUAAAGAUGAAUGCUACCAAUGGAGAAUGUGCAAAGGAAACUCAGUUUGUGAAGAUAGCUUGCUUGGCCGAAGAACCUUUUGCAGAUGGAACAGAAUGCAGCAUCUCUGGAUGGGGAGCCACAGAAUUCUUGGACUAUGGCUCUAUCCAUUUGCUUGAUGCACAAGUUUUGCUGAUCUCUCAGGAGGCUUGUUCCAGCAAUAAAGUUUAUGGAGCUCUGUUGGAUGAUGGCAUGAUUUGUGCUGGCUAUCUUAAGGGAGGAGUAGACUCCUGUCAGGGUGACUCUGGUGGGCCUCUCACCUGCGAUAGGGAUCAAACACAUUAUAUAUAUGGUAUAGUGAGCUGGGGAGACAACUGUGGGGAGAAGGGCAAGCCUGGUGUCUAUACCCGUGUCCUUAAAUAUGUGGACUGGAUCAAUGAAAAGACUGGUGAGGGGUUAUAGCAUGUCUAUAAAAGAUUAACCACAGCCACAGUGUGGUUUGCUGUGUAAACUGAAAUGCCAGUCGUGCUUUGUACACAAGUUGAGAAUCGUAGAGUCUGAUAUUAAACUUUUAGCACAAUAAAAA